AUGAUACUGAGAAUUCGAAAGACAGCCACAGAACUGAGCCACAGGCUGGAAGGGUAUGGGAAGGUGUGUUGGUACAAUUCAAUGAUUUUAGUUUUGGAAAACCGAGACUUGCAAGAUUCGAUUAAGCCGCAGAAGGUAGAGUUUCGUUCGUUAAACUUCAACAGCACUUUGCAUUGGCAGCCUGGGAGGGCCAGAGAGGCAAGAGACACCGUCUACUUUGUGCAGUAUAAAGUGUAUGGGCAGAGCACAUGGCAAAACAAAGACGAGUGCUGGGGGAUCCAAAACCAUGUCUGUGACCUGACAAAUGAGACCUCUGACAUCCAAGAGCCUUACUACGGCAGAGUGAAAGCCGCGUCAGCUGGCAUCUAUUCCGACUGGAGCCUCAGCUGCAGAUUCACUCCCUGGCGAGAAACUAUGAUAGGACCUCCGACGGUAACUGUGAUUCAUAGCAACAAAUCCAUAAUACUAAAGCUCCAGGCUCCACAUUCUCCUUAUAAAAGGAAGAGAGGCAGCAAGAUACCAAUGACAAAUUAUUAUGAUCUGCUAUAUCAAGUCUUCAUAAUUAACAACUUGCUAGACGAGCAACACAGAGUCCUGGUGUACGAAGGAAAAGACAAGGUUAUUAAAAUAGAAGAUUUGAGGCCCGGAGUCAGCUACUGCGCCAUGGCUAAAGCAUACGUGCCAAUGCUGGACCGCAGCAGUGCCUACAGCAGCAGGCAAUGCACUGUGCUGCAGUGACAGGGCUGGCACCUCUGCAAAAGUUACAGGAAUAAUGGCGGGAGAUGCCUUCCAUCACAGAUCCAGCUGUAAAUCAACAUCUGUGGUCUAUGUCUGGAAUACAUACUUGGAUACUUUUUAAAUUAACCUUUGCUGCGUUCAAUGAUUUGAUUCAUCAUAAUCAUUUUAUGCUACACUAAGGCCAAGGAUACUUUGUAUGUCCUACAUUACAAUUUAAAAUGGUAUAUAUUUGCAUUUAGAAAGGAAAUAGCCAUCUACUGUAAUAAAAAAGAAGGCAAAAAGCACUUGUGAAAAUAUCCUUAAGACUGUUUCUAGAGGUUUUCUAUUUUAAGCCUUGGAA